AGCUCAGUCAUGUGUGCGCCGACACCUGGGCCCCGCUAUGCAGCUACACACUCACGCCUCCGUGAAUGACUGGUGGGGUCGCCUCGUCAGCAUCUACCUCACACCAAAACAAACUCAUCCCUGAAUCCCGCAAACACCAUAGCAGAUCUCCGUGUUGCUCGCGUCCAUUGGAUGCGCUCGGGUUGCUGGGGUUCGACCUCCCUAUAAAGCAAGGCACCGUGAUUUCCCCUAGCAUCCCACCUAGCCGGGACCUGAGAACGAAGAGAGAGCGAGGAGGAUCCGCCGCGAGCUCCUCUGCAUCUCACCGGUAAUCAGCCAAUCAUUGAGGCCAAGAAGGGGGGUUCGCUAGGGAGUGCACGGACACUGGAUCAAGGAAGACAAACAGAAGAUUCAAUAAUUUCUAGCCGAACUUGGGUUUCGUCACCGGUCCGUCCCGCGGCAUGGCGAAAUCGCCGCCGCGGCCAUCUCAUGUGCACACCGCUGCGCCACCCAUGGAGAGCUACUAGGGAUCUUUGCCAUUGGUUCUGGGUCCUGCGGCUACCUUUCUGGGGUCGAAUGGGACCUCGAGUGGUGGAUGAUUGCUCGCCGGAAUCCUAGGGGUAUCACCGGCCGCACCACGCCGUUGCCAGGCUUCCCCACGUCUACGCCACAGGUGAGUUUUCCGUCAAGCAAUUUGCCUCAGUUCUUAGGACCUGUAGCAUAGUUCGGAUUGUCGUUUGGGGCUUGGGGCAUCUAGACGCGUAAGUCCGGUGAGGUGCGCCACCGUAGAGGUCGGCGACGCCGCCUCAGGCCAUCGGGGUCGAGGGGGAUGGCUCCUGGUCGUCGACCCAUAAAUGGAGGGCUCGGAUUAGAGCAUCGCAUACCCUUUCAUUUAAUUUAGUCGGAGCCAUUGAGAUCGGAAUGAAUGUAUACGAUUUGGUUAAGGCGUGAGCAACUACCAGACGUGGAUCGCGGAUCAGUCGGCUAGUAGUGUGCACUGGUUCAAUAGAUAGGCUUUUAAUCUCGGUCGCAGAUCAUGAUCCAACAACUGAGAUAAAUCCGUACCCCUUUACGUGGCAAACUUCAUAAAAAAGCUCUUGGAAAAUUCCUAUAUAAUGGAGCGUGACGCAAAGCGGCAUGACCAGGUGAUCCACGUCACCUGAAUUUCUAUCGCCCGUCCGAUUUGAAACACACGACCACAUAUCCUCCGUACGCAGCCACACUCCAGCCAAAACGAUGGGAACUUUCCAGAAACAGAUCGAAGUACUACAAGCCUGUUUGGUUUCCUACCUAAGGCGCCACAAUCUGUCUAACCUUAGUCGCUCGAAUUGAAGAACUAAGGUUAGGCAGAAAAGGUUAGGCAUGCUGUGGCGUCUUAGGUAGCAAACCAAACAACCCCUACAUCUUCCUCUUCAUUUGUUGGCAUCUCACUUCACGUGCACUUCCCCGCCUCCCCUACGCCAUCUUCGCACCAUGCCUCCUGCCUCUCGCGCCCGCACAACGAGCCUCGAGGUCUCUCCGUCGCCAUCCCCGUCCUAGGCCCCACUUUCUCGGCGGCGUUGCGAUUCCACCAGACGUUAGGGCGAGGUGGCGCGGUUCGUGUGACAACGGGGCUCACCGCUUGCGGCCUCGUGGGUGCUCGGCGAUGCGCCAAUGUGCCAUGACGACCGGUCGGCUGGAGCACGGGGCCGUGGGACGCUGGGCGGCUGCCGUAUGAGUGCUAGGGUGUCGGCUGGGUCUAGGAGCUGGCCGGUGGGCGGCUGCGGCUCAGCCAUUGAGGUGAAGAUAUUGUCUUCCAUAUUAAAUUCAAAUCCGAUUUCGCAAGCAACCAUCCCUAUACCUCAUCAUGUUAAACUUCGAUUCCACAUCAGAUUCAAUUAUCCCUACGGCCUACAUGGGGCUAUAUCCAUUCAGAAUGUCUGUCGCAACCGUCCCUACACCUCUUUAUUAUUUACUUUAGGGAUGAGUUUGCUAGCCGCAUAGACUUUCCAUAUUGAAUAUGCCUAUUUUUCUUUUGCUUCUUAUUAGUUCGGAGACUACAGUCCUGUUGAUCCUCUUGCUAAAAAAAAUAGCUCAUCUUAGGCUAUGCGUAAUAAGGAUUAAUGGGUUAUAACGACUAAUUAACCGCUAUUAGCUCUUAGAGCAGCUCCAACAGACAGGUUAAAAAUCAUUCGCUCGGCAAAAAAAACAUAAAUCCCGUGGAAACCGAAUCCAACAGCUCUUCUUCAACCUCGCUUUCGCCAUCUCGCUCGGCAUCGCCCUCCGUCGCUAGCCAAUAUUGCCGAGCUGCUGUGUCUCGCCAAAUCGCAAUAUCCCGCCCCCGCGCUCUCCCAGCGAUUCCGUUCCCGCGCCCUCUCGCACGAUCUCCCGCCCUCCCGCCCUCUCUGUACCGCCCCCGCGCUCUCCCAGACUGGCCAGCCAUCCCGUUCUCGCGCCCUCCCGCCCUCCCUGUACCGCCGCCGCGCUUUCCCGCCCAUGCGCACUGCAGCUGUCCGCGACCUGUAGCUCCCCCGCGCUUUGCCGCCCAUGCGCGCUGCACCCAUCCGCGAUAGUGCAGGUCGCGCCGCCGCUAUCUUCAAUUGACCAGUCGAUGCCAUGUUCCGGCCACCGCGGCCUCGUGCAAUGGAGACAACACAAACUGGGAUGUGCACCGGAUCUGUAGACAACGUCCAUGUUUCCCAGUUUCUCCAACAAAGGCUGGAACAAGAGACAAGUCACCUAGAGGGAGAAUUUGAUGAAUCCACUGUCGGAUCGUUGCAUCAUCGGGUGGUUCCUGUAACAAUUGAGGAUCAGCUGGCAGAGGAUGUGCCAAAUGGUACUCAAUUUGAUGGUACCAUGGAUUCUGGGUAUUACACAAAUCUCCUAGUUAAUGGUAUUGAAGAAUCUCAAGCAACUCGUGGUGAUGUAAGAAUACAGCAUGGUCGUGCAACAGCCAAGAGUUCUCAGGGUAGAAGCAAAAAUUUUAGAGAUGAGGAGGACAUUCUUCUUGUGUCAGCUUGGCUGAAUGUGGGCAUGGAUCCUAUUCAAGGAGUUGAUCAAACACAUGGCACACUAUGGAGAAGGAUACAUGAAUAUUUCAAUGCAAACAAGAAGUUUGACUCAAAUCGUUCUGAAGUAUCUUUAAUGAAUCGUUGGUCCGGUAUACAACAUGAUGUGAAUCUGUUUUGUGGAUGUCUGUCUAGGGUUGAGGCUAGGAAUCAUAGUGGUUGGUCAAUUGAUGACAAGAUCGCAAAUGCAUGUGUAAUGUUCAAGGCCGAAGACCCCAAGGAUAAGAAGUUUUCAUACCUGCAUUGCUGGAAAAUCUUGAAGGACAAGCCCAAGUGGAUGGAUAGGCGGAAGGAAAUUGGAAGUGCAAAAAAAUCAGCCACUAAGAAACAGAAGACAACGACAAAUUCUUCUCCAGCAUCAAUUGCAAAUGCAAUUGUCGUAGAUGCCCCUCUUGGGGGUGCUGAUCAUGAUGAACCAUCAUGCAGACCCGACGGUAAGAAGAAGGAGAAACAAAAGCUACGACAACGUACGUCCAUGGAAGUUGUAGACUAUCUAAUUGCAAAGAAGAAAGAUUCUGACCUUGAAAAGGACUUGAAGAAAGAGGAGAGGUGCAAUAAAGCCUUUGCUCUACAAGAAGAAAGGAUGAAAUUGGACAAAGAAAAGUUUGCGUUCCAAAGACAGCUCGAAGAAGACAGAAUAAUUGGUUUGGACCUUAGCACCAUGAACUAUAAACAACGGCAGUAUUAUGAAGAUCGUCAGAACGAGAUUCUUGCAAGACGUUUCAAUAUCUAGAAUUUUCUAGUUUUAGUUAAGUAUGCUUUGUCAACAAACUUGUUUUAGUUCAACAUUUCAUCUAAGUACCAUCUUGUUCAAGUUUCAGUUUGUAAUGGUUUAAAGGUCAUGAAUCAACUUCCAUAAGCAUGUAAUAAAUUAAUGGCUUCAUAGUCCAAGA